AUAGACACGUUUGAACUCACUUAGGAAUGCAAUGUCAUAAGCCAUGAUGCCAUUUUUGUUGCAUUUCCUUGUUUUACUUUUGGUCGGAUUCAAGCCUGCUGCUUCGCAAUCAAUCGUCGAAACCCUCCCCGGCUACGACGGAGCUCUGCCUUUCAAACUCGAAACAGGGUAUAUUGGUGUUGGAGAGGAUGAUGAAGUCCAGCUCUUUUACUACUUCAUCGAGUCCGAAAACGACCCAGCUAGAGACCCUUUGCUCAUCUGGCUCAGCGGUGGCCCCUGUUGCUCUACCCUUUUCGGAUUCUUUUAUGAAAUCGGUCCACUGGCCUUUGAUUUUGAGAGCUUUGAUGGAAGCUUACCUUCUCUUGUAUUGAACCCAUAUUCAUGGACUAAGGUUGCCAGCAUUAUUUUCCUAGAUUACCCUGUUGGAACUGGAUUCUCAUAUUCCAACACUACAAGAGGCUACUCUUCCUCCGACACAAAUUCAACCCAACAUAAUUACUCAUUUCUACGCAAGUGGUUGUUAGCCCAUCCCGAGUUUAUCAAGAAUCGUCUCUAUGUUACCGGUGUCUCUUAUGGUGGCAAGAUUGCUCCCAUGCUUGCUCUUCAAAUAGCUAAAGGCAAUGAAGCUGGACUAGAGCCAAUAAUGUCUCUCAAAGGCUACUCUAUCGGAAAUCCGGUGACGGAUGAAGAUGCAGAUAUUAAUGAAAGGAUACCUUAUGCUCAUAGAGUGGCACUCAUUUCAGACAAACAAUUUGAGCAAGCAAGAAUCAGCUGCAACGGAGAGUAUGUGAAUUCAGAUCCAAAUAACAUCAAAUGUUCAUUCGCUCUUUAUAUUAUCAAUCAGUGCACCAAGCUUAUCUAUGGUGAUCAUAUUCUGGAGCCAAAGUGUCAAGAAAUCACAACACCAAAUCAAAGUGGUUCUAGAAGGUUCCUAUUAGAUGAUCCAAUCGACUUCCUCUCCCUCUCGAGCCGAAAUGAACUAACAUGCCGUGAUCACAGAUAUGUGACCUCCAAUGUGUGGGCUAACGAUGAAACUGUGAGAGAAGCUCUGCACAUCAGAGAGGGAACGGUACCUGAUUGGAGUAUAUGUAACCGGCACUUGAGCUACAAAAAAGACAUAGAAAGCGUUGUCGAGUAUCAUCAAAAUCUGAGUGAUAGAGGCUUCCAAGCCUUGGUGUAUAGCGGUGAUCAUGACAUGACUAUGCCUUACAUGGCCACGUUGAAAUGGAUACGCAAACUGAAUGUGUCCGUGUAUGAUGAAUGGAGGGCAUGGACCGUUGAUGGUCAAGUUGCAGGAUACACAGAGCUAUACAAGAGUAAGAUCAAGGAGGCUUAUCUCAUGUUUGCUACAGUCAAGGGGGCAGGGCAUACAGCUCCAUCAUACAAGCCUAGAGAGUGUUUUCAAAUGAUAGAAAGAUGGUUAUCACUCUUCCCAUUGUAAAAUCUCUCUCAUUUUCAUUUCUGUAAUAAUUUUCCGUUGUUGAUUGGAUUAAAGCACUUGGAAAUUUUUAUUUCGACUUCUUUAUGUUACUUCAUUUCUGUAAUAA